AUGGUCGGUCUCCACGGCUCGGCGAGACUCCUUGUCGCCGCAAAACCGUCUCUCUUUCAGCUCUGGGGCUUUCACCACGUUGCUGAUCGGCAUACUCGCAAGAUCGAUGUGUAUGAAGGUGCCAUGAUCCGCGAAGUGCCGCACUCGCUGCCUUGGAUCUCACACUUGGUCGCCGAUCCGUCGCUCCCCCGCGUCUUUGCCUAUCUCGACUCGACCGUCUACGUCGUCUCGACAGAGUCGGGCGAGACACUCAUUCAGACCAACCUGGGCUCGCCCAUCACGGCGCUCGAGUACUCGGCACGGUUCCAGCUUGUCGCUGUCGCCACGCUCUCGUUUGCCAUCCAGGUCUUUGCCAUCGCAGACUCGCAUCUUAUCCUCUGGGAUGUCCUGCUCGGCCACACCCGGCGAGUCAACGCCCUUGCCAUGGCGGAGAACGCGUUCAUCCGCCCACCAGCCUCGUUUGAGGCUCGCCGCGGGCGUGACAUUGUGCUGGCGUCGCCGCCUGCCUCCGAGCCCGAGCUCGAGCCCGAGCUCGAACCCGAGCUCGAACCCGAGCCUGAGUCCAGCGCCAGCAGCACCUCAAGUUCCGGCUCGGCACCGUCUCCGCUUCGCACGUCCGAGACAAGCAGUGACUUUCCGCCCUCGCCGCUCACCUGCCUCAUGGCCUCCGUCGCUGACGACGGGGUCGUCAAACUCUGGCACGUCCCGUCUGGCACCGAGCUCGCGGCCCACGUGCUCGGCCGGCCUGCGCUCGAGGGCUCGAUCCUGACUGCGCUCUCGAGCGGGCACUCGGCCGCGAGGCGUGCUGCUCAGCACGCGGCCGCCGAGCUCACCGCCGCGCUCGGCGACCACGGCGGGGACGAGCCGGACGCAGCCGGCACCAGCGAACCCGAAUCGGCCUUUCUACUGCCGUCGCCACCCGAAGCGAUACUCUGGUGCCGGCACGCGCUCUGGUCAACACCGACCUUCACCGCGCCGACGCUGGUGACUGUGACCGGGCCGAUACUCUCGCUUCUCUCUGUGGAAGAGCGACCGACACAGCUACUCGAGUGCGACUCGCUGGUGGCGCAUCUUACGGUGGCCGACGGCUACAUUAUGGCGGCGACGGUUGACAACGUCGUGUUCCGGCUUGCGCUCCCGGAUCCGGCAUCUGAAGUAUCGCUCGUCGACCAGAAUCUUGCACCACAGGGCUACGCUUUUGACGCCCACCUCCGCGCACUCUUUGAGCGCAAGCGAGUCGCCGACCGCAUCGCCGCCGCCCGUCAAGAGCUCGGCGAGUCUUAUCUCAUCAACGAGGCGACGCUGGAGGCCGAAGCCACCGCACUCGAUGAGGACGAUGCCCGCGUCGCGCUCGUGCCCUCGCUCCUCCGUCGCACCCGCUCCAAUCGCAUCAUGUUCUCGCUCCCCACCACGGUUGCUCGCCGUCGCGAGAGUCGCAAGCAGGCCGAGAAAGAGGCUCGCAAUAUGCUUUCUGAAAAGGCGCAGAUCGCGAGAAUGACCAAAGGCCUUGGCAAGCUGGAAAGCGAGCCAUCGGUUCGCUCCAUCAGCAUCGAAGCCAAGCAACCCGGCGGCGAGGAGCUUGGCAGGGGCGACGCCGCCGACGUCAUCGACAGGCUCCGGACUGAGAUCCUGGCCCAGCGUGGGCUGCCAUCGAUCACCGCCCUUCUCAUUCCGCCGCCACACCUUCGCCUUGAAAGCUACAUUGUCGGCUACGACUCGGGCCGUGUCGAGCUUGUCAACUACGCCAUUCCCGACCGCCGGCCGGCAUGGAAAGCCGCCAGCGAGGACGCCACAAGUACUGGCAAACUCCCGGCCGAGGCAGUCCCGACCCAUAUCAAGUACGGAACCGGCAAUAUCAAGAUCCGCAACGUGGAGCAGGACGAUGUCGCAGUCCUUGACCCUGGCGUCUCGUUUGACGUCUCGACGGUCAACGCUGAGCAUGUGACGCAGCUGAUCUGGUUUCACCAGCCGCAAGGCAGCGCAAUGUUCCACGUGUGCACUCACGGCAUGCCGAGCACCGCCACCACGGCCAUGGCGGCAGCUGUUUCCGCGCUCGGCACCGCCGUCGCCCGCGCUGUCGGCUCGGGCCGGGAAGCGAAUGAGGCUGAAGCCGCGGACGCGGACGAGGACGGGGACGAGACCGAGACCGAAGUCAUGUCCGAGGGAGAGACUGCGAAGACUACGGCUACGCCAGACGUGCCACGAGGCGAUCCAAUUCUAGUCGCCGCCGGCUGCAUGUCGGGGCGUGUCAAGGUGUGGUGCUUGCGGUGCCAGAUGGCGGUGACCGAGCUGGCGCUGUUUGAGCCGUCGGACGCGGUGCUUCUCCUGCGAGCAAUGCCAGAGCUUGGGCUUGUGGUCGGCGUCUCGUCGUCAGGAGUGGUUGACACGUUUGACACACGGAGCUUGAGCCCGGCGGUGCAGCGGUUCCACUGCGCGCCGAUGUUUGUGUCUGCGGCGGUCCACAUGGGCUCGUCGCUCGAGUCGCGGCUGGCGCGGCUGCACGCGCACGGGGUGCUCAUCUCUGCGGUAGCGGUUGGCGACGACGGCUUUGUCAUUCUCGGCUCGCAGCACGGUGCGCUGGCGACGCUGCGGAUCCGUGGCGAUGCAGCGUCAGGCCGACUCACCACGCUCCGCAAGGGCCGUGUCCUUGAGUUUCACCGUCGGCAAGUGGCCGACGUGGCGCUAUGCCAGGCGUCGAACCAUGGCGCGGCGGUGUCGGUCGACGGCGUGCUGACGGUGUGGGACAUCCAAAAUGGUGUCCUCCUCCAUGUCCUUCACGGCAUCGACCAUCUGCUUGGUAUGUCGCUGGUGCCAGCGCUCGAGGAUUUGGUUCUCAUUGUCGGCUUUGCGGUGAUGUACCUGCGGAGCCAUGCGCGGCACACGUGCUCCCCGGUCGGCCUGGCGGCCAUGACUGAGCGCUCGGGCGUGGCCGAGGACGAGGUUUGGCAGCGCAAUGCGUCGUCUGCCGCCAAGGUUGUGGCGCUGGACGAGUCCGCGACAAAGGCGACUAUCGCCGAGCUGGCUGCAUCCGAGUUUGCCGCCGGCCUUCGCUAUGUCCGCGGCGCCGCCCGCGACCGCUCGCUCCACCGCAAUGCGGUACCGGGCGCGUUCUGGGACCGCGACUCUACAUCGGGCUCCUGCUCAGAGUCGACGCCGGAAGGCGAGCUCAUCCGCCCGUUUGACGACGUCCUCCCCACGCAGUCGAUCGCUGCCCUCGAGGCCGACUUGCAGCGCUCUGAUGGCAGCCUGGCGCUGCCGCGAAUCCCUGCUGCCGAGCUCUCUGCAGGCUCGGUCGAGUACAGCGCCCGGUCCGACUGCAGUGGCGGGGACGGGUCCGGCAGCGGCAGGGCGGCGCUGUCGGCGGUCGAGCGGGUGAGCGCGAGGGUGAAGACACGGUACUCUAACCGCGACAGCGCGGGCUUGGCUCCGGCGCGACUGCUCGAGUCGGUCAUCCCGGGCGGAACCGGCCGCGACAUGCUGGGCGUGACUGAUGACGGCACCGGCGGGUCGCGAUCGGGCUCAGGCUCGUGUAGACAGGUGGCGUCGCUCCUUGGAGCACUGGAGACGCUGCUGCCGGAGGUGGGGAUCUCGUCGUCGCCGCCGCCACUGGCUCCUGCUCAGCAUCUUGAUUUUUUGCGCGAGACGCGCGCCGAGCCAGUUCAGCCUGGAGGCGAUCCGCGACUCGACACUAUGCUCGACGACGAGCACCGGGUGUACCGGAUCCAAGCCGCGUUUGGGCUCGCGCCCGCACUGUCGCCGGCAUCUGCGCCUACGCCACGCACCCGAAGCUGA